AUGGACAAGCUUGGAUUCCUCAAGUCGUCAAAGACAAGUUUCAGGGACUGGAACAGAUUGAGUCGCAGCUACAGACAACCACAGUUCCAGGAUAAGCUUUUGCAAAAUGGACAGAAGGCUCCAUUCAAGCACUCCUGGGCUAUGCUCUCCCAUAUGCACGAUCUCAGAGUGUGGACUCUCGCAUACGCCCCACAAAGAAUUAACAAUCUCCAAAGACUCCAAGAAAUUCAUUUGCUUAAUUAGGAAAUGUGGUACAUGGUCACCAGUGCUAUGUGGAAGAGAAUUAUCGUUCUUGCCGUCGCCUGGAUCCUUGUUACAAGAAUUUUCAAGAAGAAGUAUAUGAAUCAAGGAAUGUUCGAUACUCACGAUACAAGUUUAAGAGAUACCACUGCACACAUGUGA